AUGAAAAUCCUUACUGAAAAUGUCAAGAAGAAAUUGUCAAGACUGAAGCCAAUUCUCCCCUACGGAGUCACGGAGUCCUGGGAAGACCUAGACCCGCGUCUGUACCACGCUAUCCAUAUCUAUUGGUUGAAGUUUUACGGGAUGUGGUACAACGAUUUUUCGCCAAGAUCUAUACUAUUUUGGAUACAGUUGUUGUUCACUUUGGUCUCCCUAUGGCUCGUUUGUUUUCUACCCGGAAUCGGCGAAGUUGUUUAUUUACUGAGACGAAGGGAAAAUAUCGGGGACAUCGCUGCAGGAUUAUAUCUUUUCCUAAGUGAAAUGUACACGUACUUCAAAAUCGCAGUAUUCUGGAUGAACAGGGAUAAGAUAAUGCAGCUGCUUACAUAUUUGUACUGCAAGGAAUUCAAGCCAAAAGAAGCCGAACAUCGGGAGAUUGUGCGCAAGAGCAUCGAACGGGCGCGGAACGUUAUGUCGUACUACUCUACCAUGUGCGUCGGAGCAGUUUCGGUGGGCAUCAUUAUGCCUCUGACGGAGAAUUUCGAGGUUCUGCCCACGAAUGUCGAAUAUCCGUUUUUCGACGUUUACAAAUCACCAGCUUAUGAGAUCAUUUAUAUUCACCAUGUCUAUUACAAACCGGCGACGUGUAUAAUAGACGGCGUUAUGGACACAUUGUUAGCUGCCUUUGUCGCCUCGGCCAUUGGGCAAAUAGAAAUAUUAGCGUUUAACAUGCGCAAUUUUACCAUGGUGGCAGAACGACGUCGCAGGCAAGCCAUAACCGAGAACAAAUGUAAUGGAAACACCACGACAGACUAUUACACGAGAGCCGUGCUCAAGGAGUGCAUCGUACAUCACAACAGUAUUAUAAAAUACGUGUCGAUGAUUGAAAGUGCUUUCAGCUUGGCUUCGGCAUUGCAAUUUAUGCUGAGUGUUAUGGUGCUUUGUUUGGUCGGCAUCCAGUUUCUGUCGAUCGAGGAGCCAAUGAGUCAUCCGAUGCAAAUGAUGUGGAUGGCAAUAUAUCUGACGUGCAUGCUGAUUGAAGUGUUCAUUCUGUGCUGGUUCGGAGAUGAGCUCAUUUGGAAGAGCAUAGAACUUCGUCAAGCAGCGUUCGAGGGUCCCUGGCUAACCAACAGCCCGAAGACAAACAUGUACCUCAUCAUCUUCUUGGAGCGCUGCAAGCGUCCUCUGCGAGUCUCCGCAGGGAAAGUAUUCACCCUCUCGCUCGACACUUACACCAUUCUGAUCAACUGGUCUUACAAAGCGUUUGCAGUCAUGAGAAAUAUGAAGAAAUAAAUAAAUCCAGCACAACGGUGGAGGUGCGCCACGUGCCGCCGGCUACAGCACAGCACAUUUAUAUG